CUCAAACUGUUAGAUUUUUACCUGGACACCGGGCGGAAGUUAAUUGUAGCAACACAACUGAACAAGCAAAUUCUAGAUAAUGCUGAGGAACCCAAGAUCGUCUGUCAUAAGAAGUGACGAGUUACGUCCGUUAAGGACAGCAGAGCUGACGCCUAGAGGACUGAGAAUUGAAUCGAACAACUUUGAUGAGAAAGAACACCAUUAUGUCGAGUUUGACUGUAAAUAUCUUGGAAACAUCCCAGGUGUUCCUUCAGAAACUGACACUACAAACAGAACAGAAGUGCUGAAGAUCAUUGACAGAGGCAAGAAGCAAGGUUUAAUACCACUGCAUAUAAAUUCUGAACAUGAGGCAAUUCUGUAUUUGAGCAAAGAGAAAGUACAAGUGAAUCGACGGGAUUUAAACGAAGAAAUGUUGCUUCUUCUUCCCCUACAUGAAAUCGCUCAUGUCUGCUAUGUUCAAGAAGAACGGCUUCAUAUUCUUGCAAUAAAGCAUGGUACACCAGAACGACUAAACUUGGCAGUAUUUCUUUGUGACGGACAAGACACCGCAGAGGCGAUAUGUGCAUUAGUGAGCUGCUGUUUUCAUGUUGUUUAUUCAGCGGUAAUGAUCGAUUUAAUUGAAGACACCAUUGACAAUGCAAUCAGAGAUGAUAAUCGAUCCUUUAGUUCAGAUGCAACCACAACAGGACAACAUCCCCAGUUUGUGUCUGGCUCCUGUAAGAGCCUUGAACCUGACUCUCCUGGACCCAUUGGUAGUGAAAUUAGUGGUGAAUCCCAAGCAGAAGUGCUUCGAGAAUACAUGUGGCAACUAAACGCAAAACUGAAACCAGAAGAAUUGAAAAUGUUCUCAACUCACCUGAAAAAUUGGAACUAUUCAUCAAAUAAAUUACAAGAAUUCUGUGAAAAUCUUUAUAAACUGUAUGGACCUGAAAGAAGACAUUUACUAGCAGGCAUGUACCCAUUUAUACCUGAGCGUGACUGCCAGUAUUUUGAGAAAUUUCUUAAGAAGCAUGAUGUAAGCUUACCAGGGCUUGGUACUCUUAGCAGCCUGCCUGGAUAUCCACCGCUGUUCUACACUCGAUCUAUCAGUGAUAUUUCUGUUAAUAGUAACACAGGUGAUAGCAGUAACGCUGAUUUCAGGACAAGUGCAGAUUUUGAUUUGGAGCUGGAUGCAAUGGGGAAGAACUUUGAGAGAAUUGAAGUGAGUGUAGGGGAGACAACCCAGUCUUACCUACAAUCUGUAUUUGACAAGAACAGCAAAAUUUAGAAUCUUAGGCUGAUUCCUUGUAAUUGCAUAGAAAUCUGUUCCUGUCCAAAGAUCUGGAUUUGUGGCUUUUUUUUAGCUCACCAGAGCACAAAGUGCUCAAGGUGAGCUAUUGUGACCGGUCAUUGUCCGGCGUCAUGCGGUGUGCGUCAACAUUUCCUUGUUAACCCUCUAGAGGCCACAUUUGUGACCCAAUCUUUAUGAAACUUGGUCAGAAUGUUUGUCUUGAUGAUCUCUAGGUCAGUUACGAAACUGGGUCAUAUUGGGUCAAAAAUUAGGUCACUAGGCCAGAUCAAAGGAAAAUCUUGUUAACAGUAACACUCUAGAGUCCACAGUUUAAGUUUGAAACUCAUGAGAAUUGGUCAGAAUGUUUAUCUUGAUGAAUUCUAGGCCAAGUUCGAAUCUGGGUCAUGUGGGAUCAAAAACUAGGUCACUUGAUCAAAUCAAAGGGAAAGUUUGUUAACACUCUAGAGGCCAAAUUUAUGACCCUAUCUUUGUGAAACUUGGUCAAAAUGUUAAUCUUGAUGAUCUCUUGGCCAAGUUCGAAACAUGGUCAUGUGGGUUCAAAAACUAGGUCACUAGGCCAGAUCAAAGGAAAAUCUUGUUAACAUACUAGAGUCCACAGUUUAAGUUUGAAACUCAUGAGAAUUGGUCAGAAUGUUUGUCUUUAUGACCUCUAGGUUAAGUUGGAAUCUGGGUCAUGUGAGGUCAAAAACUAGGUCACCUGGUCAAAUCAAAGGAAAAGCUUGUUAACACUCUAGAGGCCACAUUUAUGACCCUAUCUUCAUUAAACUUUGUCAGAAUGUUUGUCUUGAUGAUCCCUAGGUCAGGAUCGAAACUGGGUCAUUUGGGGUUAAAAACUAGGUCACUAGGCCAGACCAAAGGAAGAUCUUGUUAAUCUAGAAACCACAUUUUAAGUUUGACUCAUGAGAAUUGGUCAGAAUGUUUUGCUUGAUGACCUCUAGAUUAGGUUUGAAUCUAGGUCAUGUGGGGUCAAAAACUAGGUCAUUCAAUGAAAUCAAAGGAAAAGCUUGUUAACACUCUAGAGGUCACAUUUAUGACCUAUCUUCAUGAGACUUGGUCAGAAUGUUUGUCUUGAUGACCUUUAAAUCAAGUUUGUAUUUUGAUCUUUUGGGGUAAAAAAAGUAGGUCACCUGAUCAAAUCAAAGGAAAAGUUUAUUAACACUUUAGAGGCCACUUUUCUGACCCUAUCUUCAUGAAACUUGAUCAGAAUUUUUAUCUUGAUGAUUCCUAGGUUAAGAUUGAAAUUGGGUCAUGUGGGAUCAAAAACUAGGUCACCUGCACAAAUCAAAGGAAAAGCUUGUUAACAUUCUAGAGGCCACAUUUAUGACCCUAUUUUCAUGAAACUUGGUCAGAAUGUUUAUCUUGAUGAUCCCUAGGUCAAGUUCAAAUAUAGGUCAUGAGGGAUCAAAAACUAGGUCACAUGCUCAAAUCACAUGAAAAGCUUGUUAACACUCUUGAGACCAGAUUUAUGAUCAUAUCUUCAGAAACUUGGUCAGAAUAUUUGUCUUGAUGAUCUCUAGGUCAUGUUUGAAACUGGGUCAUGUGGGUCAAAAACUAGGUCAGUAGGCCAGAUCAACUCUGUUGAGCGAUAUAGGGCCAUCAUGGCCCUCUUGUCUUUUCAUAGCAGUGGCUGUUUGCAGGCAUCUUCCUCAAAUUUGCACCAGAAAAUUUCUUUAAAGUCCUGCAGUUUACCCUUAAAACUGUCUAUCCUCUUUACAUCAGAUUUGUAUUCCCCUUUUUCCAGAUGUCAAGCUAUUUUUAUCCCCCGCUGAAAGUUGGAGGGAUAUAGUUUUGGCGUUGUCCGUCCGUCCGUCCUUCCGUCUGUCUUUCCGUCCGUCCGUCCUUCCGUCUUUCCAUCCGUCCGGAGCCAUAUCUAGGAAAUGGUUGGGAAUAUUUAUUUAAAACUUCAUAUACAUGUUUACCACUAUGAGUUCUUGCGGCCCGUCAAGUUUCAGUCAGAUUGCCCAAGUAACACCAGAGUUAUGGCCCUUAGAAGUUUCUAGUGUUAACUAUAUAUGGUACUAUAAAUAUGGCAAUUUCUGCAUCAUAACUUUUGAUACAUUUUACCUAGAACUAUGAAACUUAAACAGAAUUUAGAUCACCAUAAUGUGGUUGUGUACGCAGAAUUUCAUUCGGAUUUAUUUGUAAAUUAAGAGUUAUUGCCCUUUAAUUGUAUAAAAAUCCACAUAUUUGUAUAUAACAAACUUACCAUUUGGUAGAAUUUCAUUAAAUUUCUUUCAUUCUUCUCCAGGAACAUUUAUUGUAAACAUGUGAAGUUGUGUACCCACACCUGGUCACCCCCUUACCUUGAUCACACCCCUCCCCCCCCCCCC